AUGGCGCCCAAGCUGUGCCUCAUCUGCCAGAAGGAGCGCGCGGUGCUCAAGCGCCCAAAGACGGGCCAGUCCAUCUGCCGCUCGUGCUUCUUCCACGUCUUCGAGACCGAGGUGCACCACACCAUCACCUCGUCCAACCUCUUUCGGCGCGGCGACCGCGUCGCCAUCGGCGCAUCGGGCGGCAAGGACUCGACGGUGCUGGCCCACGUCAUGAAGACGCUCAACGAGCGCUACGACUACGGCCUCGAGCUCUUUCUCCUCUCGAUCGACGAGGGCAUCACCGGCUACCGCGACGACAGCCUCGAGACCGUCAAGCGCAACCAGCAGCAGUACCAGCUUCCGCUCAAGGUGCUCGGAUACGGCGAACUCUACGGAUGGACCAUGGACGACAUCGUCAAGAGCGUCGGGAGGAAGAACAACUGCACAUUCUGCGGCGUGUUCCGGCGGCAGGCGCUUGACAGGGGUGCAGCGUCGCUCGGCGUCGACCACAUCGUGACAGGCCACAACGCCGACGACAUUGCAGAGACGGUCCUCAUGAACGUGCUGCGAGGAGACAUCUCGCGGCUCGAGCGCUGCACCGAGAUUGUCACAAAGGGACCCGACGGCGGCGAAGAGUCCGGCCACGCGGGCGGAUGCGGCGGAGGCGGGCGGAGCGGUGGCGGCGGAAGCGGUAUCCGGCGCAGCAAGCCGUUCAAGUACGCCUACGAGAAGGAGAUCGUCAUGUACGCCUACUUCAAGAAGCUCGACUACUUUUCGACCGAGUGCAUCUACUCGCCCAACGCCUACCGCGGCUACGCAAGGACGUUCCUCAAGGACCUCGAGUCGAUCCGGCCCUCUUCGAUCGUCGACAUUAUCCAGUCGGGCGAGAACCUGGUCGUGUCGUCCGAGGUCAAGCGCGCCAAGGGCAUCGAGCUGCAGAACUGCCAGCGCUGCGGCUACAUCUCGAGCAACCGCAUCUGCAAGGCCUGCGUCCUCCUCGAGGGUCUCGAGCGGGGCACGCCCAGCCUGGGCAUCGGCAGCGAAAAGAGCCGAAAGGUCAAGGAGAUCCGGGCGCGGAACGCGGGAACCGAGCAGGUCGCGGCCGACGGGGACGACGAGAGGAGGAUACCCCAGUGGACGGGCGUCGAGAGGAGCGACGAGGUGUCCGGCACGAGAAACGGGUACACGGCCGCUGCGUCGGCGGCUGUGACUAGCUGA